CAAAAUGCACAAGAAACAGCGACAAGAGAGAUGACCUAAUCAUAAUUGCUGCAAAGAGCUAGUUAGUUUAUGUGGCAUCUGAUUCGCCAUUUUCACGCCCAGUCACUCGCUGUCAAUUUGCUCGGCAGCUCGGCCGGUGACUGUGGCCUCCGCCUCCACAGCCGAGGCUGAUUUUCUCCCCGCAUAUUAAUUCAUGCCAUCUCUCCAAAUCUCACCUCACAUUCCUCUUCACUCCUCACCCACUUAACACCAGUCUUCAUCCCCCCAAACCAACCUACCGCGCCAAAAUAAAUCCCCAGAAUAAUCACUCGACAUGUCAGGACCCGGCGCCGGCCACGAAUUCCCCGCCAAGGAAGUCUCCUGGCUGAAGCGCGACGUGCUCCUCUUCGCAAACAGCAUCGGUGUUACCUCCAAGGAGCUGCACUUCCUCUAUGAGCUACAUCCCGAUUUUGCAGUUUUCCCAACUUAUCCGGUUAUUCUCCCAUUCAAACUAACCGACGCCGAGGUAACCGACUUCUACGCGCGGAGCAAAGGAUCCCCGAUCCCCGGUGUUCCGGCCUUUGACCCGCGACGCGUCGUCGAUGGGCAGCGGAAGAUUACUGUCUUCAAGCCGCUGCCCCCGACCAGCGCGGGGCGCAAGUUCGAGUUGCGGAGCAAAGUUGUCGGCGUGUAUGACAAGGGCAAGGCGUCUGUUGUUGAGACGGAGCAGUCGAUUGUGGAUGUUGCGAGCGGCGAGGUGUAUUCGAGUGUCGAGAGCAGUGCGUUUUAUGUUGGGCAGGGGGGGUGGGGAGGGCCUAAGGGACCUGCCACGCCAAACUAUCCCCCGCCCGCUGGCCGGAAGCCCGACGCUGUGAAUGAGAUCGUGACCACGACCGAGACGGCGCAGCUCUACCGUCUAAACGGCGACUACAACCCCCUGCACGCGACCCCCGAACCCGGCCAGAAAAUGGGUUUCGGCGGGGUCAUCAUCCACGGGCUCUACAGCUGGAACGCGACGGCGCACGCGGUCCUCGAAGCAUUUGGCGGGAGCAAUCCGGCGAAUUUCCGCGAAUUCCAGGCUCGCUUUGCGAGCCCCGUCCGGCCCGGUGAUAGGCUUAUUACGGAGAUGUGGAAGACGGGGGAGGUUGUUGAUGGGUUUGACGAAGUGAGGUUUGUGACGAAGAAUGGGGAGGGGAAGGUUGUUCUUAGUAAUGGGCGGGCGUUGAUUAAGGCGCCGAGCGGGGGUGCGAAGUUGUAGGAUGCGGGAAAUUCCUGAUAUGUUUAGGGCACUUGGUGAAGUUGAGCUUGUUGCAUCGAUUACAGGUGCUGUGUCUAUCUACUCUCUUGGGAAUCGGAAUGCUACAGGUUGAAUAAUAUUCGAGGAGGACAGCUAAGAGCUCAUGUUCAAGGCCCAAUAAGGACAGGAUGUUGCUCAAUUCUUAUUCGCAGCGUGUGCACCAGGCUUGCAAAUAAGCAUAAUAGCGUUGCAGUCAUACAAAGUCAACGCAAUGCUCUCUUGUCAGCCAGCGAAAAGGGACGCUCAUAUUGAAAACCCACCCCCGGCUGUCUCACCCUGCUGGAGGUAAGGGAAGAAGAACUUAGAGCCUCAAAACCCAAAGGCGAUCGGGAGUAG